CCAGUUUUAGUAGUACUAUUAAAAUUAUCAUAUUUCCGACUUGGCAACAAGCCGCUUUGAAAUUCUUUUGACCAAAACCUCUUCCAAUUAGUUAGGUUUGCAUAUAUAUAUAUAUAAUUUAUUUAUUUAUCCAAGAGACAUUCUAGAAUCUAGCUUUAUAUUUCUAUAAACUAUCUAAUAUCAAUAUUAAUAAUACAAUAUUAGAAAAUGAGCAAAUAUUCGCGAGUUCCUAACUCUGAAGACGAUGUUCAGGUCGUGGAGCUUCAGGUACCUCCUUCAACCGUUGAAGCUUCCACAUCCCGUUCACCAAGUCCUAUUCCCUCUACAAAUAACAACGUUGAUAGCGAUGAAAUAAUAGAAACAGAGUCUACACCAAUGGUAACUGAAAGUGUGGAGACCACAUCAACGACUGAUAAUGAUAAUCAUUAUGAAAAUGAUAAUGGUGGAACCAGAUUAUCUAUACUGAACAAAAUAAAAAGAAAACCCAAUGCUACCCAACAAGCUACUUUACCUGUAGUAACUGAUGGCGUAUUCUCUAACUUGUCCGCAAAACCUGAUACAGAGGCAGAUAAAGAAGAUGAGAAUCCACCACCAUAUGAGACAGCUGCAGCUGAUGCAGCACCACCAUACUGGGAAACAACUAUCAUUGCUCCAGGUUUAAGCGGGGAUGAAAUUCUUGUUGAAGGUUUACCCGUAGGAAACUUUUUCAGUUUUGUUUGGAAUAUGCUCGUUUCCAUGAGCUUCCAAUUUGUUGGAUUCUUAUUGACUUAUCUUUUACAUACCAAUCAUGCCGCCAAGAAUGGCUCCCGAGCUGGCUUGGGUAUUACAUUGGUGCAGUAUGGUUUCUACCUUCGCGGUAGAGCAUUACAAGAUGAUGAUUAUUAUUAUGAUGAAAAUAUAAAUGACAAAGAAGUGAUGGCUCGUAGCGCAUGGUUAAGUUAUAUUCUCAUGUUUUUGGGCUGGUUCAUUGUAAUUCGGAGUGUAUCAGACUUUAUAAGAGUUAAGAGGAUGGAAACCGUUAUGCGUACCACACCCGAAGAGAAUGUAUAAUAUAGACAUUUCUUAUAAAAAAAAUAUAUAUACAAUUUUGCUAUUAUAUUUGCCUUUUAACAUACUAGUUUAUAUUUUCUUGUAUUAUUUUUUUUUUUU